CAGCUGCACACACACACACACACACACGCGCACACAGACCGACACGGUCAUGCAGUAGGAGAAAGCAAAGGGGAGGGAGAGAAGGAGAGGUAGAGAGAGCGCCACACACAACGAGGGAACCCCAUCAGCUGGAAGUCGAGUAACAUUACAACUCUCGGUAGAGCCUCAAAAAGAACUACAAUACACGGACGAGGGAUUCGGAUUUACUUUGAGGAUCUCACCCGCCUCGGAUCACGGGAUUUUUUUGUCAGCUGUUUCCCCUUUUAACCCAAGGAGACUACCGUUUUGUGUGUUUUUUUUUUUAUUUAAAAAAAAAUUUUUUUUUUGGAGAGGGGGGGCCAAACUGGCGAGAGGCGAGCAUGGAGUAUUUCAUGGUUUCAGCUCAGAAGGUGCCCCCGCUGCAACACUUCAGGAAAACGGAGAAGGAAGUGAUUGGUGGUCUCUGUAGUCUGGCCAACAUUCCUCUGACCCCAGAAACAGCCCGGGACCAAGAGAGGCGAAUUCGCAGAGAGAUCGCCAACAGCAACGAGCGUCGGCGUAUGCAGAGCAUCAAUGCCGGAUUCCAGUCACUUAAAACACUCAUCCCACACAGUGAUGGGGAGAAGCUCAGCAAGGCUGCAAUCCUGCAACAGACGGCCGAGUACAUCUUCACUCUGGAGCAGGAGAAGACGCGGCUAUUGCAGCAGAACAGUCAGCUCAAACGAAUCAUUCAGGAGUUAAGCGGCUCCUCCCCGAAGAGGAGACGCGCGGAGGAGAAAGACGAAGGCAUCGGCUCACCAGACAUCCUGGAGGAGGAGAAGACUGAAGACCUGAGGAGGGAGAUGAUUGAGCUGAGGCAGCAGCUGGAAAAGGAGCGCACCAUCAGAAUGAUGCUGGAGGAUCAGAUGCGCUCCCUGGACGCUCAGCUGUACCCAGAGAAGCUGAAGGCCAUUGCGCAGCAGGUCCAGGAGCAGCAGGUCCAGACACAGAGCCUUGUCCGUCUGCAGAAGCAGCUAGAGAGGGACCUCACUCCUGCACACAGCCCUCAGGUGUUGGCUCCCGCUACCCCGCCUGCACCCACGCACCACGCCACGGUCAUCGUUCCUGCGCCCGCACAGACGCCCCAGCCCCAUCACGUCACCGUGGUAACCAUGGGCCCAACGUCGGUCAUUAAUUCGGUGUCCACAUCCCGACAGAACCUGGACACCAUCGUUCAAGCAAUCCAGCACAUCGAGGGCACCCAGGGGAAGGGUUUCGAGGAGGAGCAGAGGAGGGCGGUCAUUGUCACCUCGGGGCGCGUCCUCUCCGACGGGGCGGGCUCGGACACGGCCUCGAACAGCGACGGACCCGACGACUGUUCGCUGCCGUGAGCUCGUCUCCCAGAAGGCUCGUGUACCUUACACCUUCAUAUACGCACACACUCACACACAAAAGAGGGGCCCCCCCCGAAGCAGACCGGGGCCGCGGGAGACUACAAAAUCACAGCGCUCCUGCUCUACGGACAUAGAUCAGGCUGGUAGUCGGAUCCUAGCGCUCGUUUUGACUUAUUUCAUUUUUUCCCUUCUCUUCAUCAGAUUUUACAAACAAUAGGCACCUGAAAAGGUUUACAGUUACACAUACAUACCCAUAGUGUCUCUCUUUUUUUUGUGCUUACCUCCAGCCCCCCGCUCUUUUACCCACUUACACGAACUCUUGUCUCUUCAUGACUCUACGGAAAUAUUAUUGAAGCUACUACUUUGCAGACUGAUUUUUUUUUUUUUUUUUUU